GGAAGGCCUAGCCAUUUCACAUUCUGACACCUCAUCGGUCAUCAUCACUAUUCCAAGCAGCAGACAUCAAGCUUAAGCAAACAAAUGUAUGAUAUAGUUCCUGAAUAAUAUAUUAUGUAAUAAUAUAUUAUUACAUAAUAUAAAGAAAACCUCAGGGCGGCAGGGGCACAAGCACCCCCAGUUCCUGAAUAGUUCCGCCACUGCUUCCAGCGCACACAAAUGACAACCCAGAGUCUAGACUGACUUUUUUUCCGAACACACUUCGGCGGGAAACUUAGGUGCGCAGGCUUAGCUCUCCCUCGUCAGGUCAAGAUUACAACUUUGAAGUAAACGCAGAAUGAAGAGAAGUCGAAGAGAAAUGGAAGAGAACGGAAGCAGAGCAACCGCCGAAGAAGAAGAAGAAAGUCCGGCGAUAGGGAUCGAUUUGGGGACCACAUACUCUUGUGUCGGAGUAUGGCAGCCCCACCAUGGCCGCGUUGAGAUCAUCCCCAACGACUUAGGCAACCGUACGACGCCGUCGUGGGUUGCGUUUACUGAUGCCGAGCGCCUUAUCGGAGAAUCUGCCCAGAACCAGGCCGCAACGAAUCUCUCCAACACCAUCUUCGAAGUGAAGAGGCUAAUUGGUAGAACUUUUCGUGAUGCAAUGGUGCAAAAUGACAUGAAACACUGGCCAUUUAAAUUGACUGUUGUCCCUGAUGCUGAGGUUGGAAAGAAGCCCAUGAUAGUUGUGACUUACAAGGGGGAGGAGAAGCAGUUCAGCGCGGAGGAGAUAUCUUCUAUGAUCCUCCAAAAGAUGAAGACUAUUGCAGAGGCUUACCUAGGCAGACAAGUCAAGAAUGCCGUCAUCACGGUUCCUGCUUACUUCAAUGAUCUCCAACGUCACUCAACGAAAGAUGCAGGUGUUAUUGCUGGACUUAAUGUCUUGCGUAUUAUAAAUGAGCCCACUGCUGCUGCAUUUGCAUAUGCUCAACACAAUAAAGGAACUGAAAGUGCUGAUUCUGAUUUAAAGAAUAUACUGGUUUUUGAUCUUGGUGGGGGGACUUUCGAUAUCUCUAUUGUCACAAUGGUGAAGGAUGUAAUUGAAGUUAAAGCGGUUAACGGGGACACUCACCUUGGCGGAGUUGAUUUUAACAACAGAAUGGUGAGCCACUUUGCAGCAGAGUUUGAGAGGAAGCACCAUAGAGACAUCAGUAACAAUCCAAGAGCUCUUGCGCGGCUUAGAACAGCCUGUGAAAGAGCCAAAAGAAUGCUCUCUUCAGCUUCUGAAACAUUUAUUAACAUUGAGUCUUUGUUCGAUGGUACUGAUUUCUCUUCAACCAUUACCCGUGCACGAUUUGAGAAAAUGAAUUUUGAUCUGUUUGAAAAUUGUGUUGCAACUGUUGAGAAAUGUUUAAAGGAUGCCAAAAUGGACAAGGUUGACAUACAUGAUAUUGUACUUGUCGGUGGGUCUACUAGAAUCCCAAAAGUUCAAGAAUUGUUGCAAGACUUCUUUAAUGGAAAGCAGCUUUGCAAAAAUAUAAGCCCUGAUGAGGCUGUUGCUUAUGGUGCAGCUUUUCACGCUGCAUCCCUGACAGGUGCUUGCCUGGGCAAGAAUAAGGAUACUGUGCUUGUCGACGUAUGUCCUUUAUCUCUUGGUAUUAGGUGUUAUUAUGGUGAAAUGUCUGUUGUGAUUCCAAGGAAUACGACCAUCCCUACAAAGAUGACAAGGUACAACUACACCACUCCUCUUGACUACCUAACCAGUUGUAGCUUCCCGGUGUAUGAGGGAGAGAUGCCUAUAGCAAAAGACAACAACUUACUUGGUGAAUUUUCCAUCCAUGGCAUUCCCUCCGCACCUGCAGGUGUUGCGAAGUUCAUUGUCACUUUCGAGAUCGAUGCCAAUGGCAUAUUGACCGUGACUGCAAAACUAGAGGGUAGUAACAACAGUAACCAGAUAACAAUAACCAAUCACAGCGGGAGGUUGUCAAAGGAGGAGAUUGAUAGGAUGGUGAAGGAGGCAGAGGAUUACAGGGCUCAAGACGAUGAACGCAAGAAGGCGAUUGAGGCUAAAAAUGCUCUGGAGAGUUACAUUCACCAAGCGAGACGUUGUGGAAGGAGGGUUCAUACGAAGGCGGCCAGGAUAAGAUUGAGGAAUGCAAUUGAGAUGACAGUUAAAUGGUUGGAAUGGAAUAACCUGCUCAGUGAUGCUUGCAAGUUUGAGGAGAAGAUGAACGAGCUGAAGAGCAUGUGUGAGUCAGUCAUGGCAGAGACGCAUCAUCAGGGAAGUGACACAGCUGUCAAGCAUGAGAUCAUUGAGAUAUCGGACUAGCAGAGACUGUUGAAUCUUGAAGUGGCACAAUGUUUUAACGUUUAAUUGACUAUUUUUCUCUAUUGCUUACUGUGUGAAUGUGAGAUCACUUUGAUAACUCUCACAUCCAUUUUGACUCUACCGAAGCCACAUUUUUUGGUUCUUAUUAAUUCGGUUAGAUCGAGUUAGGGUAUUUUUGUAUUAAAGCACCUGCUCGUUUUAUGUUUUGCAUUGUCCAGUUAUCACGUUCUUUUGCCAGGCAACACUCC